AUGGAGGUGGGGACAUUAUUAAUGCAAGCAAACCAAGCUUCCAUCAAUGAACAAAUGUUACUUGAAGAAGGAAUGCCAAGCACAACAAAAGAGGGCAUAAAUGUGUCAUACAUACCUCAUUUUGCUGAAGAAGUAGGUGAUUUCAUAAUUGAAGACAAUCCAAAUACAUCAACGUUAGAUUCAAACAACAACAUUUUUGUGUUGGCUUUUGGAAUAGCAGACUCUGAAUUAAUAAAGAAUAAGUACAAGUCAAUCAAAAGAAAUUACACUCCAAAUGACAUCAUGAAUGAUAUGAAUGAUGACUUUGGAGUGACCAUGGGAUACACAAAAGCAUGGAGAUCAAGAGAGAAAGCUUUGCGUCUAGUAAGAGGGAACCCCAAUAAUUCUUAUCAAAAGUUGCCAAUGUAUCUUUACAUGUUGAAGCAAGCAAAUCCAGGAACAAUAACACACCUACUCAUAUACAAGGAAGAUAAAUUCAAAUACCUAUACAUGUUGAGGCCUAUAAUUGUUGUUGAUGGAACUUUCUUGAAAAAUGCACAUGGUGGUACCCUACUUUCAGCAUCAACGUUAGAUUCAAACAAUAACAUUUUUAUGUUGGCUUUUGGAAUAGUAGACUCUAAAAAUGAUAACUCAUGGCUUUGGUUCUUCUCCAAACUGAGAGACACCUAUGGAGAACCCGAAGUUUCCGACAGACACAAGAGCAUAGACAAUGCAGUACAUAUGGUGUACCCAAAUACUUUCCAUGGAGCUUGCAUGUUUCACUUGCUCAACAAUUUGAAAAGCAAGUAUGGAAGCCAUGGAGAAGAGCUGCAAAUGAAUUUCAUUGCAGUAGCAAAAGCAUACACAAAAACAGAAUGUGAACACUACAUGAGAGGCCUUGAUAGACUUGACAGAUGCAUUAGACCCUAUUUAGAGAAAGCCAAGUAUGAAACUUGGGCAAGAUCAUACUCGCCAACGAAAAGAUACACCAUGAUGACAUCCAACAUCGCAGAAUCACUCAACGCUGCACUAAAAGCUGCAAGAAAUCUCCCCAUUGAUAUCUUGGUUGAAUGCCUUAGAAGUUUGGUUCAAAAGUGGGAUUGGAACCAAUCAAAUAAUGCAAACGGAACAUUCACAAAAGUCUCUACAGCAACAGAGAAUGAGUUGAGACAUGACAUUAUUUCAAAAAUGAAGUAUGAGGUCUUGCCUUUCAACACAAUAGAAUACCAAGUUCAUGAUCAAAAGGGGAUAAAUUUCACAGUACAUAUACAUAAUAGAACAUGUACUUGCAAUAGGUUUCAAGAAGAUAAAAUGCCUUGUGGGCAUGCAGUAGCUGUCAUUGCAAAGAGAAUCUUGAGAGUGCAUGAUUAUUGUGCAAAGUUCUACAGAACAGAAACGUUGAAAGCAUUGUAUCAAGAAAAUGUUCAUCAUUUGCCCCAUAAACAUGAAUGGAAUCUCCCACAACAAUUGGACAUAGUGGUGCUGCCUCCAAAGGCAACAAUCCCAGCAGGAAGACCAAGAAAGAAAAGAAUAAGAUCAAGAGGGGAACCUAAAGUAAUAAUCACCUGUGGGAAAUGUGGACAACCAGGACAUAAUAGGAAGACUUGCAGGAAUCCUCCAAUUGAGAAGCCAAACAAACAGAAAAAGCCAAAGACAUAG